UUUUGGAGGCUGGUUGCCAGCCUCCUCCUCCCAGGAAGUGGCCUCCAUCUGGCUGGGUCUCUCUCUCUCUCUCUGCUGCCCCCCUGCUCCGGCCCAGAGCCCCUUUUUUCCUUCCCCAUCCCCAGCCUGGCACCCCAAGGAUUUGGUGCCAUGCGCUUUCUUGGAGAGGUGCGCCUUCUUGGAGAGGUCCUGCUGGCCACACCACCACCGCUGCCAUGAUGCUGCUCCAUUGGCCUGGACACAUCUCUCUGUGUGUAUCUCCAUUCUCAUAGUUCGUUCUUCAUCAGUGGGACCAUGUCUCGGGAUGGUGGGGCUCGGCCAAAAGUGAAGCCGGAUGGAGGCCCAGGUAGCCACUCCGGUGGCCGCUGGAAAGCCAGGACCGUUCAAAGCUUUUCACAGUUGGAGGCUGAACCAGAUUCAGGGACCAGGGGUCAAAUAGACCCAGAGCCCAACAAAGGGGUGGCCCGCUCCUUGCGGCAGAAACUCCAGGCGGCAGUGGGCCAGUGCUUCCCUCUCAGGAGUGCCCCCCGCUCUCCAGACCUCUCCUCACAACGCAAGAUCCACCUGCGGGAGCUGAUGCUGGACACAUGCCCCUUCCCUCCAGGCUCAGAGUUGGCCCGCACAUGGAACCUCAUCAAGCAGCACACGGCCCCUGUGUCCGAGCAGGAGGCGUUGGGGCCAGCUCCCACGGAGGAUGAGGAUGACCGUCUGCGGGAACGGAGGCGGAUCAGCAUCGAGCAGGGGGUGGAACCACCUCCGGAUGCUUUAAUCCACACUUUUGAGGUGACAGCUCAGAUUAACCCUCUCUACAAGCUGGGCCCAAAGCUGGCGCAUGGAAUGAACGAGUUGGUAGGGUCCAGCCGGGCUACACUGGCAGCUGCAGACGAAGGGGAGGAAGAGGAAGAGGAGGAAGAGGAGGAGGAAGAAGAGGCCAUAGCUGCUGCAUCUGCACUCCCGGAUGUCAGGGAUGGUUUCCGGGUCCAUACCCAGAUCGAUUACAUUCACUGCCUGGUGCCUGACUUGCUUCAGCUGACGCAGCUGCCCUGCUAUUGGGGGGUAAUGGAUCGCUAUGAGGCCGAGGCCUUGCUGGAAGGCAAGCCAGAGGGAACAUUCCUCCUCAGGGACUCCGCUCAAGAAGACUACCUUUUCUCGGUCAGCUUCCGGCGCUAUGGGCGCUCCCUUCAUGCCCGUAUCGAGCAGUGGAACCACAACUUUAGCUUCGAUGUCCACGACCCCAGCGUCUUUCACGCCCCCACCGUGACCGGCCUCCUGGAGCAUUACAAGGAUCCCAGUGUGUGCAUGUUCUUUGAACCUCUCCUCUCCAUCCCGGUCAACCGUACCUUCCCUUUUGACCUGCAGCACCUCUGCCGGGCUGUGGUGACCUGUUGCACCACCUACGAUGGCAUCGGACACUUGCCCAUCCCCAGUGCCCUGAAGCAAUACCUCAAAGAGUAUCACUACAAGCAGAGAGUGAGGGUCCGGCGGCUGGACACCUGGUGGAGCUGAUGAGGGAAUCCUUUGGACUUCCACCUGACAGUGGUCCAUGGCUAUCCCUUCCCUGGUCUUCCCUGUUUACUUUGGUGAUCCUUGUGCCCCUGUCUAAGCUCCUUCCCACUUGGGUUGUCUUCCCUUCGUCCAUCUGUGGUGACCAUGGUGAUCCCCUCUGCAUCAUCUUGUGGCACCCCUUGUGCAGAAUCCAUUCUCGUGUGGCCCUUAAAGCUGUGGAGCACAUGAUAAAUCUGUGGAGCACAAGACGUCUGUCCUACCCUAAGACAGGAGGUCUUCCUGUUGUCUUGGAGCAACAGCCCAAGCAGAGCCACCUCCAGCGGCUGUGGCCUACACACAGUGAGGCCUGUCCUCCCAACCCCAACUUUGUGGUGGUGCAUUUGGGGUUUUGUCUUUCCAGAUGUUGGUAUGCCCAUUGGGGCAUAACAUAGCUCCUCUGUUGUUCCAAAAAUAAGGUGCCGUGCAGCCCCUGUGUAAAUACCUAGUGCCUGUGAACCCGUUUCUCUCACCAGACUUUUUGAUUCCUAAGUUGAGACUGCUGGCUGGUGGGAACAGCGGGAAUGAUGGCAGCAACAGAAGAAGCACAAUUUUGGGGUGGGUGGUUGUGUAUUUGUGUGCUAAGGAUGGAAAGAAUAUUAGAACAAGAAUCUUCACCGUUUGAGACUUAUUCUGUGCACAAUUCAUGUUUUGUUUGGAAAACAGCAUACUGUAUUCUCAUUCAGAAAAUAUUAUUUCCUGUACAGAAAUAGGCAGUUUCUCUGCAGGAAAGACUACCAUGUAGAAAGGAUAUUUCGUUCCCUGGAAGUGUGGUUUAAUGUACAAAACAACCACAUGCGAAUUUUACACAGAAUAAGCCCCGAAUUGCAAAGAGGCUUCGGAAACUGUCGUUUUGACUUUUAUCUCAGUGGGAAGAAAAUGAUUAAAAUUAUUCAUUGCUUCCUUUGAAAAGAACAUGUCUAGUAUGUGCUGGGCUAGAGCUUCCUCUAGGCCAGACUUCUAAACACAAAUGCUAGGGACGCGAAUGAGCCGACAUGCCUUCUUCUUACAUGCCCUAGCACAACUCUCCUCCUUUUUAUUGGCCUUUCUUCCAUUCCUAGCAGCCUGUUAUUCCUGGGGGGCUAUUAGUGCUGAUAUGAACCCCACUGGCCUAGGAAAUGCCAAGGGCAGCCAAGGCUUCCUUGCCUUUUGCCUAAGCUCAAGGGCUACCUUUGUAGGGGCAAGACUGUGUCUUGCCUUCUUUUUUGCCUGGGCAGAGCUACCAGAUCUGCUGCCAGAAGAUUCACCUAAACCAGAGAGUUGGGCUGAGCUUCCUCAUCCCCUCCUUCAUGGUUUUUUGGGAGGUGACCCAGGUCUUGUGAGAGUGGUUGAGUGGACUACUGCCUCCAUUGAACAAGUGCUGCCAGGAGGCUCUCUUGUCUCCACAAUUUGCUCUGUGUGUGUGUGUGUCAUUAAAGAGAUGUUUCUUUGUCUA